UCACACGCGCACACAACGGGACAAUCGAGAAGACGGAGGUCCGCUACAGCUAACCGUUAACUCCACAUUUUACACCAAAAAAAGCGUAACCAUGGGGAAGGGAUGCAUCACAGCAACCAAGUACUUCCUGUUCCUGUUCAACCUCAUCUUCUUUAUCUGUGGAGUGUUGAUCAUGAGCUUUGGACUGUGGGUCCUUCUGGAUAACCAGAGCUUUAUCGCUGUUCUACAGGAGUCCUCCACCACUCUGAAAGUGGCGUCCUAUAUUCUGAUCACUGUGGGUUCUCUCUCCAUGGUUAUGGGCUUCCUGGGCUGUAUAGGAGCCAUCUACGAGAUACGCUGCCUGCUGGGCCUGUACUUCACCUGCCUCCUGCUCAUCCUCAUCGCCCAGGUUACGGCUGGCGUGCUCAUCUACUUCCAGAGAGACAGACUGCAACAGGAGAUGUCCACCAUCGUCAAGGGGAUGCUGGUCAACUACACUGGUCAGAACAGGACCACAGAACAUUCCUGGGACUAUGUGCAGAGGACGAUGAAGUGUUGUGGCUGGGUGUCUCCAGGUAACUGGUUGGAGAACGUGUGGAUCAAGAACAGUUCUGUCUCGUUGUACCCCUGCUCCUGUCGGAAUGAAACCCUGCCUGGGACAGACAUGAAUGAGACUGGGCUCUGUGAACACUUGUCUGCUGACCGGCCAGUAUACGAAACGGGCUGCAUGCAUAGUGUGGAGGCCUGGCUGUUGGAGAACUGUGGAGUUAUUCUUGGAAUCUGUGUCGGGGUGGCCGUCCUAGAGCUCCUCGGUAUGAUUCUGUCCAUGUGUCUCUGUAAGAGUGUUGUCCAGGAGGAUUACACCAAAGUUCCCAAGUACUGACUAUGAAGACCAGCAAAAGUCAUGCACACCUACACACAGACACAGACACACACACACACCAGCACACACACACACCAACACACACACACAGACACACACACACACCAGCACACACACACCAACACACACACACACACACACACACACAGACACACACACACACACACACACACACACACACACACACACACACCCCUACACACACACACACACACACACACCUACACACACACACACACACACCUACACACACAGACACAGACACACACACACACACACACACACACACACCUCUCCUAGCCUGGUAACUGACCCUGUCUGAUACCAUUCACCCUCUCCUAGCCUGGUAACUGACCCAGUCUGAUAGCAUUCACCCUCUCCUAGCCUGGUAACUGACCCAGUCUGAUACCAUUCACCCUCUCCUAGCCUGGUAACUGACCCAGUCUGAUACCAUUCACCUUCUCCUAGCCUGGUAACUGACCCAGUCUGUCACCCCUGUCUGAAACCAUUCAAGCACAACAACUGGACCUGCAGCCUGAAUAGCAGUCUGUUUGGACUAUCAGGCCAACUCCUUGUCACUCAUCGUCAGGCCAAACACAACUGGCCAAUGACAGCAGUGGAGUUGGCCAGGACACAAGCAGAUCUGGGAGCAGUUCUCACACAUGGCCGUGGGCUCACACACACAUCGCUGUUGUCUUCAUUAUUUUUACGGAGUCCUUUAAAGCCAUUAUGAUGCCAGGUUUUAUGUCCUUCUUCAGUAUUCAAACAAACACCUGUAUGUCCUUCUGUUCUGUUCUUGAAGCGCUUACCGUGGUAUUUAGUUAGUAAGCAACUUAGUUAGUUUAGCUAGCUCAGUCUUUGUAAGAGCACUUUAGUGACGUUUUGUGAGCUGUUAAUCAGAGAGAGAGAGAGAGAGAGGUGGGCCUGUGCUGAUCUGGGAUCAGUUAUCCCCUUUCCAUUAUGAUCAAUUCAUUAUAAUCUUAAAGGAAAAACUGAUCCAAGAUCAGCACUCCUACUAGGAAUAUGGGCCCUGGGGAGGAGCUAGAGAUGGAGAGAGAGAGAGGGGAGGAGCUAGAAUAGGAGAGAGAGGGGAGGAGCUAGAUAUGGAGAGAGAGAGAGAGAGAGAGGGGAGGGGCUAGAAUAGGAGAGAGAGGGGAGGAGCUAGAGAUGGAGAGAGAGGGGAGGAGCUAGAGAUGGAGAGAGAGAGAGAGAGAGGGGAGGAGCUAGAAUAGGAGAGAGAGGGGAGGAGCUAGAGAUGGAGAGAGAGGGGAGGAGCUAGAGAUGGAGAGAGAGAGAGGGGAGGAGCUAGAGAUGGAGAGAGUGGGGAGGAGCUAGAGAUAGGAGACAGGGGAGGAGCUAGAGAUGGAGAGAGAGAGGGGAGGAGCUAGAGAUGGGAAAGAGUGGAGGAGCUAGAGAUGGAGAGAGAGAGGGGAGGAGCUAGAGAGGGGAGGAGCUAGAGAUGGAGCGAGGGAGGAGCUAGAGAGGGGAGGAGCUAGAGAUGGUAGACAGAGGGGAGGAGCUAGAGAUGGAGAUAGAGAGGGGAGGCUGAUGAACCAUGGUUUUUGGGGUGGAGAGGCCUGCCCUACCCAGGGCUAGACUGCUGGGGUCUCUCAUCAGUCUCUCCACUGAGGCUCUGAGAACCACUCAGCUCCACCUCUCUUUCUCUCCCUUACUCCAUCUCUGUCACAGGUGUGUCUGGUCUGCUUGGUCUCUGAAAAAUGACUCGCUACCAAGGAGAAUGAAUAGUUUUGCAUGAAGUAUGUUAUAUACUGUAGGAUGUUAUAUACUGUAUGUAUGAUGUUUUCGUGUAUUUUACUUUAAUUCUUUUCCUCCUUUUUUUCCAUGUUUAAAAAAAAUUAUGAUUGUACAUAUGACUUUAGGGCUAAAUAAAUGGUUGUGUGAGUCACUGAGCUGGAUCAGCGUUUGAUACAGGAAAGAAAGAGGUGGACUUAGCCCCGCCCCGCCCCGCCCGCCCCGCCCCGCCCCGCCCGCCCGCACAGUUUUUGGUUUUCAUAAUGCUGUUGUUUUUUUUGUUUCCACUCUUAUUGGGUAUAUCGCAAAGGGCACCCUAUUCCCUAUAUAGUACACUACUUUUGACCAGGGCCCUAUGUAUUCCCUAUGGAGUCCUGGUCUAAAGUAGUGCACUAUAUAGGGAAUAGGGUUCUAUAGGGCUCUGGUCUAAAGUAGUGGACUAUAUAGGGAAUAGGGAACCAUUUAAGCCUUAGACAUAUUGUUUAUGGUAUAGCUACAGCCUCUGGCCAGCAGGUGUCGCCGUUCUGCUAUCAACAGCACAAUCUGGGGCUGAAUCAUCAGAAGGAUGGGAGCUUGGCUGUCUUUAAAUAGCUAUGAGACCCCAGAAUGAGACUGAGACUGUUAGUCUCCUUUAGCUCUCUGGUCUCCAAUCACACAGCGUCGCCACCAUGACUGUCAAACCAUUCCACAACAUUAUUAAAAACACAGAUGACUAUCGGGAUUAUGCAAUUCAUGAUUGUUGUCAUUCAAGUUAAUGAAGCUACAUUUCUCAUUUCAGUGUUUUUCAUGUAUCACAACGGGCCAUGAUUGUGAGGCCCCAUAGUGCGGCGCACAAUGGGCCCAGCGUCGUCCAGGUUUGGCCCGGUGUAGGCCGUCAUUGUAAAUAAGAAUUUGUUCUUAACCGACUUGCCUAGUUAAAUAAAGGUUAAAUACCUUCUUUUUUUUGACAAAUCCAAGAGCUUUGAAAAAUCGACCAGAUGUCAACUUCCAGAACAGAUGAUGCUAAAAGCUUUUUAUUGUUCAAAGUUUUUUACUCAUUUACAUAAAUUCUAAAUUCUCAUUAUGUAUUUCUAUUUUUAAAUAUGUUUUAUGUAGAGGAAUAUUUUCCUAGAAUUAGAAUUUUAAAACAUUUAAGUGUUGUGAAUUUUACAUUCAGUAAUAAACUGAAUCCAUCACAAUCU